GUACACUUGAACCACUCUUCCCCUUCUAUGUGCAUGCCACCAGCCACUGCUGUCUGCCCAGCAGAGAGGAGAAAGUUGAUGCACAUUUUGAGCCAUCUCCAGCAGCUUUCAGACACCCAGAGCAAGUUCAGGUGUCCUCUUCUGUUGUGUGUGUGUGUGUGCGUGCUUUUUUUUAAAACAUCUCUCCUACUCAUUUACUCUUUCUCAAACACAUACACCCACCAGCCAUCACUGCUGGCACUGUAGAGGGAAGACAGGACACGAAGAGGACUGGUAUACACCUUUAUGCCUAGCUGCUCACCCAGCCUUCACCAGACAGUUUGGCAAAGAUGUGGACUUUUCUCUUAGGGGUCAUCUUUGGAAUACUGGCCUCUGGCAGGUCGGAUCAACUUCAAGUUAAUUCUCGCUCCUGCAGUUUCUCUGGUGUGUUUCUGGUUGAGGGAGCGAGCCGUCACUCUCUAAGUUUUGACAUGGCCCAAAAAGUCUGUGAGCAGCUUGAGAGCACCAUGGCAAGUCUGGAGCAAGUCCAGGAGGCCUAUAACAAUAAAAUGCAAACUUGCAGGUAUGGUUGGACCACCAAUGGGAGCACUGUCAUUCUCAGACACAAGCAACAUGAAAACUGUGCAAAGAACAUGACCGGGUUUAUUACUCACAUACCGACUACAGGAGAUUUCGAUGCCUACUGUUAUGAUGAAAAUGUUGGGCCUGAGAAGAACUGCAGCAAAGCUUUCCAGAAAACGGGAGCAUCCCUCUUAGAUCCACCAGCCUCGACAUCAGCGCAGCCUCUGACCCAAGACGCAGCGGAACCAGAAACAACCUCAACAUCCCAGUCUGAUGGUGUUUUUCAAAGCCAAACUGGCACCCCCACUGAGGAAGAAGCAUCUCCCAUACCUGCAACUACUCCAGCACAUUGGAGUGAAGACGAGUCCAAGAACCCUGUUGAGGGAAGCUCCCUUGGAGGAAGCAACAUCAGUGUAGUUUCCUCUUUCACUACAAUGGAGCCCGACUCAGCUGAUGGAUCUGGGAUUGAGCCGACUAUCACAUUGACGGACAAUGUUAUACCAGUGACCCAGGUUGGAACAACAAUGUCGAGUGAGAAGAAACCAGCAGAGCCUACUGUCGCAAAACUAAAUCACCAGGGAAGAAACAUAGUAGGCCCCGCUCCAGCUGACGAUGAGAAGCAAAAGGGCGGGAGCUCAUCGGACUGGCUGGUUGUUCUUGGUGUUAUUGUAGCAGUUGCGGCAAUUCUCUUUGUGUGUGCUGCUGUCGCAAGGAGAAGAGGCUUGUGUGGCAGAACACAAACGCUGAACAUCACACCCAGAAACAGCAGCGACGGCAAUGGGGUCGCCGCCGCACCGUCCAGUUCCAACAACCCGGAGAGAGAACAGGAAAUGGUGACCCUCAUGAACAAGGAGAACAUCCAGGAGAAUGGCAACACGGAGGAGUUUACCGUCAUCAAAUUGGAGGAGUCUCCAGAUAAAGACCAGCAAGCCUGAGAGUUGGGCAGUAAAGAGCCUAAGAUGGGGGAGGACUAUUGAGAGGGUAGAAAAGUUGGUUGUUGAACGCUUUCAGUGGCUGUGCACUGGUAAAGAGGAUUCAAAUGUAUAAUUUCAAGCUAUUGUUCAACUAGAGUGCACAGCUGUGUUCAGACGCCUUUCAAAAGGGGCCCAAGAAUUUCAGACCAGAAUGAGCGAUUUUGAACAUGGUGUGAGAAUAUGUUCAAUCUCCGGUCAUGUGUUAAUUCCUUUCUAUGCUUUGUUGCUUAUGGGCCUGGAGAGGAGUCCAAAGAGUGAAUCAGAAGUUAUGUAUUGAUUUUGAUGUGUCCAAAAUUUCAGCAAUUCACUUUAACCAGGAAACAAUAACCCGAUAAUCAUGUCCUUUUUGUAAAAUGUAUUUAAGAGGAAAAAAUUCUUCACUUAAUUGUUUAAUUUGUUGUUUAAUUUUUGUUUGUUUCUAAUAUAAAAUGGCUAUUCCUUUCUGUGCAUUAUUUCGGACAAUCCCUGUUGUCUGUAACUGUUAAAAAAAACUGGGGAUGUUACAAUGUAGAUUGUUACUAUCUACAUUGUUCCAGUUUGAUUCUAUUUUCUCUGUCUCUGUACAUAAAAAAGUAAAACGUUAUAAAUGUUACAAUAGCUGCCAGUGCUUUUUGUUAUUUUGUAGGAAAGGGCUUUGUUGAUUUAGCUUGAAGAAAUGCUUCUGUUUUUAGCACUAUUUAAUCAGAAAUUGUAGCAAGUAUACCUUGGGGGUAAAUGGCUCAGUUUGUAAAGGUCAAAGUAGAUGGCAUGCUAAAUCAGCAUGUUUCAUAGCUUUCCAAAGUGAGUGUUUUAUGCACAACUAAAGGUAAUCAAUAAAGAAAUAAGUUGAUGUAAUUAUACCAUGGGAAUGAAAAACGUGUUAUAGGCAUUGUGCACAACAGAUACUGAUUUUGAAGGAAACUAAAGAAACCAGGUUGGUAUUUCAAGCACAUUUAUACAUUUUUAAAUUAAACUUAAACUUGUUUUUUUACGAGUGAGUGAUGGAUGCUUAUCUGUAAAUACUGGACUGAUAAGCACAUAAACAUGAGAAGCUAAUCCAAUGUAGACAUGUAGCAUUGCAAAUGAAAAAAGACUGUCACAAGUGUCUACAUGCUGUAUAUCUAUAAAUUAAGCUGCUGUGUUUGUUCAAUGUUUCUAUACCAAGCUUUGAAUCUUGUAAGCAUCUUUUUCUAGUGGACUUUCCAUAGCUUGAAUGUAUCCCACAUUGUGUAAUAAUCUACAUUAUGCUCUGUGUGGCCGAUACUUCAUUUUAGCUUUUAGAAUAAGACUAAACCAUAUACAGUCGCUGUAAAGAACAUUUUUCUGACUUGUUCCAAUUUUUGUUAUUUUUGUUUUAAACUGAAGAAGACGAAUGGUUGCACUAGAGCAGGCAGGUUUGACAAAAAGGUGUUGCUGAAAAGAUCUGUAAAGUGGCUAAAUCAAUAAAAUGUGUACAGACAUGGAUGCACUGGAA